CCGGGGACCUUUAUUUUCUUCUUCCCUCUAUACUCAUAUUUUCUUGGUUUUGUAUUCUUUUCUUCACUUUCCCACUCUCUCACUCAGCUUCCUUUUUGUUUUUCUUGGACCGUUCCUCUUACUAGUUUUGGAUUAGAGUUAGGGGAGUUGGGGUCUUUUCCCUCUCUCCCUCUCUCUCUCAGCCGGAAAAUCCUCCUGAUUUUCCCCCCACCCAAACACAAAACCAGCCACCAAAAAAGGAAAGCACUAGACAAGACAAGAAAUCAAGAGAGAGAGCAACACAAAACGGUGGCGCAACUCAAAUGUGAUGGGAAGUGGAGUCUCUACCUUGUGUUCCUGCCUCGAACCGGCGCCGAACCAACCGGACCUCGACAACGACGUGAUCUUCGCCGCCACCGAACCGCUUGACGAAACUCUCGGCCAUUCCUUCUGCUAUGUCAGAUCCUCCAACCGAUUUCUCUCGCCAACACACUCCGAUCGCUUCGUUUCCCCCUCUGCCUCACUCCGUUUCUCUCCAACUCACGACCCGAUCCACAGAACCCGGCCCGACCCACCCGAAACUGCUUUCAAGGCCAUUUCGGGAGCCUCCGUUAGUGCCAACAGCUCCGUUCCCAAGACAGUUAUUCAGUUAGAAGAAGAGGCCGCCGACUGUUCCGGUAACAGAGCAGCUGGAUUAGGAGGAGGGACCGUUGUCAACGGUUUCGAGAGUACGUCGUCCUUUAGCGCGCUACCGCUCCAGCCGGUUCCUCGCAGUGGAGAGCCUUCUGGAACAUUCGAGAGGGGAGGAGGGUUCUUCCUCUCGGGACCAAUCGAGAGCGGUGCGCUCUCCGGGCCGCUUAAUUCCGGCGCCGCCACCGCCGCCGGAGUCCCGUUCUCGGCCCCGCUGGGAGGGGUGUACGUGAGGAAAAAGAGGAAGAAUGGCGUGUCCGGAUUCAGGAAGGCGUUUCAGAGGGGUGUGCCAGAGAAGAAGCGGCCGUGGGUGGUGCCGGUGCUGAACUUCGUCGGGAGGAAGGAAGUUCAGGCUUGCGAGGGGAAGCCGGCGACGGUUGGGGCGGAUGACGUGGCGAGAGAGGAGAGCAAUGUGCAGUGGGCGCUGGGGAAGGCUGGCGAGGACAGGGUGCACGUGGUGGUGUCGGAGGAGCAAGGUUGGUUGUUCGUUGGGAUUUACGACGGUUUCAACGGCCCCGACGCGCCGGAGUUCCUGAUGGGACAUCUCUACCGUGCCGUCCACAACGAACUUCAGGGUCUGUUCUGGGAAGCUGAAGAAGCAGAGGGCAGAAAGGACAAUAUUCCCGCUGCUGAAGUUGCUGCUGAGGUGAAAAACAGUGAGGGAGAUGCCAUUGAAGACUCGAUCUCUCACUCGGCGACUGCGGCUGUUAAGAAGGUAACGUUUCAGGUGGAGGGAACGGAAAGCAGGAGGCGUAGGCUGUGGGAAUUUCUUGCUGAGGACCCUGAAGACGGCCUUGACCUUUCUGGUUCCGAUAGGUUUGCGUUUUCCGUGGAUGAUGCUCUCAGUGUUAACAAUGCCAAUGCUGGCUCCGCUGUUAGCAGAAGGUGGCUGCUGUUGUCGAAAUUGAAGCAUGGGUUGUCCAAGCAUAAAGAGGGUCAAGGUAGGAGGCUGCUGCCGUGGAGCUUUGGUGCGGAAGGGAAGGAUGAGAAGGUGGAAACAGAGGCAGAGAACCCAGCUGAGGAGAAGUUUUCUUCCGGUGGAGGCCGCAGUGGUGGGAGGAGGAGGAAGGUUGGCCCGGUGGACCAUGAUCUUGUUUUGAGGGCAUUAUCUCGUGCGCUCGAGGUGACCGAGCUGGCAUAUUUGGAUAUGACUGAUAAGCUUCUGGAUACGAAUCCAGAACUUGCUUUGAUGGGUUCGUGUUUGUUGGUUUCUCUGAUGAGGGAUGAGGAUGUGUAUGUGAUGAACGUUGGGGAUAGCCGCGCUAUUGUUGCUCAUUAUGAGCCCAAAGAGGGCGCUGCUGCUUGUACAGGAUCCAGAUUCAAGAGCACGGAGAGUAUUGUUGAGGAGUCCUCGGCAGGUGAAAGCACAGGCAAGUUGGGGAACGAGGAUCCUGCUCCGGAAAUGAGGUUGGCAGCAUUGCAGCUGUCAACUGACCACAGCACCUGCAUUAAAGAAGAAGUCAAUAGAAUUAAAAAUGAGCACCCUGAUGAUGCGCAAUGCAUAGUCAAUGAUAGAGUAAAAGGUCGUCUCAAGGUCACCAGAGCAUUUGGGGCAGGAUUUUUGAAACAGCCAAAGCUGAAUGAUGCGGUGUUAGAAAUGUUUCGGAACGAGUAUAUUGGCACUGCUCCAUAUAUAUCCUGCUCUCCUUCGCUACGUCACCAUAGAUUAUGCCCUAGAGAUCAGUUCUUGAUUCUCUCAUCUGAUGGGUUAUAUCAAUAUCUAAACAAUGAAGAAGUUGUUUCUCAAGUGGAGAGCUUCAUGGAAAAGUUUCCAGAAGGAGAUCCUGCUCAACAUUUAAUUGAAGAGCUGCUUCUCCGUGCAGCAAAGAAGGCUGGCAUGGGUUUUCAUGAGUUGCUUGAUAUCCCACAUGGAGAUAGGAGGAAAUACCAUGAUGAUGUCACUGUCAUGGUGAUAUCACUUGAAGGAAGAAUCUGGAAAUCCUCUGGGAGGUAUCUGUGAGUUGCCACCUUCAAGUUGAUGUUGGCUCUUAUGACAUGUGAUGGUCACUUUCCAUUCGCUUUGCCUCAAAGCCGGGACAGAAGUACAUAGCUGAUCCAUUUUUCAUGGAUCCUGGUUGCUUUCCAGUCACAAAAACGUUAUCAAAUUGAGGAAUUCUCGGAUGUUGUUGGCAAGAAUCUUCAACUAGAGCUCUAUCUGGAAUUAAAGAAGCUGAAUGCAAUUUGAUGAGCUAGGAAUGAGCGUUGCAAAUGCGCUUUGGACUUCAGAAAAAAAAGAAAAAAAAGAAAAUCUGUAAAGCCUUUCAAACUGUUUCCUUGUCCAUUGCAAGAGUCUAUUCUCUAUAAUCCCCUGUUCUUUAGUAGUUAUAGAGAUGAAAAAUGAUAGAAAUUUUGCAUAAGGAAGGCCCUUUCUAUUUAUUUUUCUUUUUCUUCUUUUCUCUUCGGCAGAGCUAAGGGUGUACAUUCGUGGGGAUACAAAUGUACUGGUUGAAGUUGAGCAUCUCUGUAACUGAGGGUGGAUUUCACCACAGUGGAUUAAAUAUUUUUCUUAGAGAUCUCUAAAUCAAA